GCUUUAAAAUGGAUGUCGUUUCUUUGUUGUUCUCACCUGUUACGUUGACGGUCACGGCCAUAUCUUGUUUAUAUUUCCUUUACUGGUAUGGGACAUCGACGUUCAGCUAUUUUCGUGAUCAAGGUAUUACCGGCCCUAAGCCUGUACCUUAUGUUGGUAACAUAUGGGGCUUGUGGAAAGAGAAUCUACCGGAAUACGACAAGAAAAUGGUGAAGAAAUACGGCAAGACGUUCGGGACUUUCGAUGGCACGUUGCCGAACCUUUACACGAUUGAUGCCGACCUUAUCAAGUCUAUUUUCGUCAAAGACUUUGACCACUUUGUCAAUCGUCGAAACUUCGUCAUAAAGCGCAAAAUCUUUCGCAAGAUGUUGUCUAUCAUCCAAAACAAGGAGUGGAAAGACGUUCGUUCAUCCGUCACGCCCAUUUUCACGACAGGAAAAAUCAAACAAAUGUCGGUCAUGAUAACAGAUUGUGCCAAUCAACUUGUUCCUAAACUUCGAGCGAUAGCCGAAGGCGAGGGGAAAUUCGAUGCUAAACUACAUUUCAGCGCUUUUACGGUGGACGUGAUUGCCCGGUGUGCGUUCGGCAUGACGAUCGACAACCUGAACGGCAAAGAUAACGAGUUUAUGACGAAAGCCAAAGCAGUUUUCAGCCCACCGGCCAAUAAGUCGCCUUUGAUUAUGAUACCUUUCACGUUCCCGAAUCUGAUGGCUACCUUUGCCGAUCGCAUUUUCUUCCCCAAAGAAUUUGAAUUCUUUACCAACUUGCUGACUGAUCUGAUCCAGCAAAGAUCGAAUUCGACGGAGAAAUAUCACGAUUUUGUGGAGGUGGCCACCAAUGCCAUCAUGGAGUACACGAAAACAGUCAAUGGCAAGGAGAUGCCCAUGUGGGACAGGGAGGAAGUGGAUGAAAUUGUCAUUUCUCAGUCCAUGUUGUUCUUAUUGGCCGGUUUCGACACCACAGCCACUACACUGACGAAUUCCGCUUUCUUGCUGGCCAGGAACCCUGGCGUUCAGGACCGAUUGUACAAAGAAAUCAUCGAAAAGCACAAACACUUUGGUGAAGUGAAUCACGAGAUGAUUCUCGAUUUUCCUUACGUGGAUCACGUCAUUCACGAGGUUCUGCGCAUGUGUCCACCCGUCAUUAGGGUGGAAAGAGGUUGCAAUAAAGAGGUCACCUACAAAGGCAUUCACAUCAAGAAGGGCAUGGUCGUAACCGUUCCAGCCUUUCCUCUCCACUACAACGAAGAGUACUACCCCGAUCCUUACAGGUUCAACCCCGACAGGUGGGCUCCUGACAGCGAUAUCAAGCCGAAUCCUUACGCUUUCAUGCCAUUUGGAAUGGGACCCCGCAAUUGUGUCGGCAUGCGAUUCGCUAUGGAAGAAAUGAAAAUUGCUUUGUGCACACUUGUCAAGAAUUUCCGUUUCUUUCCUGUCGCUGAAACUCCGGAGACGAUGCAGUUUGAAGAUGGAUUUUUAGGAGUAGCCCAACCCAUUGGUGCCACAGUUGGCAUUGAAUCACGUUAAUUCCAUCUGUUUUUAAUUGAUUUGUCUUUGAGAUGUUUCCGGUGGUGCGUCGUAUACAUUUGGGU